AUGUUGAGAAGUUCUGGCUUUCGAAAUCGGCUCGUUUCCGCCUCUCAGCGACUCGCUUCUUCCUCACUUUCCUCGAAAUCCCUCGAGCAAAUCGGCCAGCUCCAGUUUAAUCAUGGCGUAAUAAAUGAAAGAAUCCGGGAUGAAAUAUGGGAAGGAAUAAUCGAUCCUUCAGCCGAACUGCCAGAUAAAAAUUCCACCUCGUUGUUUCUUAAUGCUUAUCGGCGAAGUUUUCUUGAUGGGGUGCUUCCUACGAGUUCGAUUUUGUCUGACUUGGAGUCGGUCGAUCAUGAGCGACGCAUCGCCCUUCACAAUGCUAGUUUUAUGAAUCUUAUACACGACCCUCGCAGCACUACGAGCCUAACAGAAGAUGCAAAACAGUACAUGACCCUACUACGGGAAUGCAAAGUCGUUGCAUCGCCCCUUCUCGAAGUAGAAAUGGUGCUCUGGGAGCUGUACCACGAAUCGAACCAGCUCGCCAUCGCGGCUGCGCAAAAAUUAUUAAAUUUCAACCUUGAAGAAGCGAACCAAAUGCGCCUGAUGUUUGGCCGUCUACUGAUCGAAAAAUCGGCAGAAUACGAUGAUAUCCAGGGCUCGCACGCAAUCAUGCGCGAUUUAAAGCUACCAAAGAACUUUGAGCGUUUCCUAAUCCCGAGCUUCUAUCGCGUGGGAAAUCAAAAAGAGCAAUUUGCUCAAGAGGAAAGGCUCAAAGGACUAGAACGAGGCGGCCGGGUUUCUACUGAACGCAAGAAUACCUACUUAUCAUUGUUAGUUAACGCUGUGGAGCGAUUUGACGCAAACGAAAUCAACAGAAUUUUGAGAAAAAUUGAAGCCGAAAAGUGGUCUCUUCGCCCAAGAGACAUCGUCACACUCUACCGAUCUCUUCAUAAUGAUGGUAAAUUCGACGUAGCUCAACAUCUUCGAAUUCUUGAGAAUUUCAUGCGGCACUCAACCCCCUUCCAGCUAGUGACAAAUCACGAUGCGCUUUCAAAGGUGAAUAAGUUCGAAGAAUCAAGCCCGAUGCUCUUGAAAUUGUCCAAAGACGUUCUCGAGCAAAGUCCAGAAGAGCUUCCAUCGCUUCUCUCUUUCAUUGCGACCCGACAGGCGAUCAAGACCGACGCGAAGAAUCCCAAACGAGUUCAUUGGGAACGAAUUAAAGCUUUUGAAGAGCGCUUCGUCGACUACUCGCUCAAGCUCUACCGAAAAAACGAGGCUGAUCCAAUUUUCCUCGGGUCCGUGUUUUUCGCCCAAUUUGAAGAAAAAUUCAAAGCCGAUCGCUUGACCAACUUCGAGAAGCUCUUCCUCGAGUCCUCUGAUGAAGAUCGUGAAGAGCUACUUGCCGUUUUUGCUGAAAACAUCUCGCUUGGAUUCCCGCAUUCAGAAGAAAUAACCAGGAAGAGCCUCGCUGGCUUUUCCGAAAAGUUCAUCCAGUUCAUUCUUCAAGCUAAAAAUUCCUCCUCCACUCAGCACGAAGGCACCAAUCAGCUGUUCAUCUCAAUCAAUGACUUGCUUCUCAACGAAUCUACUUCAAUUUCGGCCCAGUUUUCUCAAGAAAUCGCCCAGUCUUAUGUCAACUGGUCAAUCAAACAGCGAGGAACGAGUUCGAGCUUCGCUGCUCUCAAUUUAUUGCUACGAAAAAUGGACAUCAACGGCGAUCGAGACUUGGCGAUAAGACUGAUCAAAGACCUUCUUCUCGCCGCUUGGAAUUCGAUGGACUCCGAAACCUUCCAGCGGAAGCAGUUCCACAAUAUCUUUAACCAUAUCGUUUACUACCCGAUGGAUUACAGCAACUACCUCCAGAAGCAGAAAAAGUUUCAAGAGGUGAUUGGCUCGCUUGAGAGCCAUCAAUACGUCGAUUUCCCGACACAGUCGGAGAAGAACCAAUUUGUUGACUUGCCAACAGAGAUGAGGCAAUUGCUGAUUCUUGAGCCAUUAGGACAGCUUUUUGGAUAUUUAGACGACAGUCUUCAGCUGAUUAAAAACGACCCGGACGAAGUGGAAGUCUCAGAACUCGCCUCAAUGGUCACUCUCAUCGCCACCCAGCCCCACAUCCGAUUCCAAGACAUUGCCAAAAUAAGCAAACCAGAGUACCUGGUCGCUUUGCCUUCCGAUUUCAUCGUCGAUCUCGUCCGUGUUCUUUCAAAAUCAGAUACAGCUGAGCCACUUCUCGAUCUUUUCGGGAAAAAUGUCGAGAUUUUGAAAGUCUGCAGCGAUCAAACGAAGCUUUUUGAGCUUCUACCCGGUAUUUAUGACAAGAUCCUCCAAACGAGUCAGUCAGAAGAGGUUAUUUUCGACUUCCAUGAAAAAGUGAAGGAUUAUGUUGCCGAUGCCAGCUACGAUUUUCAACCAAAGCUCUCUCAAAUCGAAGUAAUCAACUCGACAGAAAAGGUCUCCAGCGCCAGGUGCUUCCGCGGUAGACACAUUCGAAAUCUAGAAUCGCUUCCUGACCUUGCGUUGUACAGCUCUCUUGCUCGAUUUCCUGGAUUGUCGACUUCUGCAGUGAGUAAGUUUCCUGAUUCAAGAAUUCCGAUGCUCAAAGAAAGGUUGAAAAUUGCGCUGCUGAAUCGUUACGAGACCGGGCCAGAGAUCAUGGAAAAACUGGAAGAAGUAGGACUGGAUCUUCCGCUGGAUAUUUCGAAUAUAAGAGCGCUCUUGGCCGACUUGAUAAGCUCCCAAGAUCGGCUCUUUUCGAAAAAGAUCAUGGGCAAGCUUCUGUCAGAAAUGAUGAACAACCUGAAUCUCAACGCCAACACCGAGCUCUUUAUCGCCGCCUGCUGCUCCGGCCGACUGGACAUGGCGGAGCAAUUCGGCGCUCGACUUACUCAAGAAAACGUCAACCAAUUCAGCGACUUCCUUGCCAAAUCCUAUCACUGGGAAAACGUGCGUUUAGGAGCAACACUCAACCCCGCUCGUGCGAAAAUUGACCUGAACGCGAUUCCAGUCGACGGAAAUAUUUCACUGAUCAAAAAUCUGAUCCGCGGAGUAGGAAAAAUCGAAAAUGAACUUGUUCGGUCGAGCUUUGUCGACGCAAUCAUGGAGAAAUACAUCUUCUUCCUACGAGGCAACUUCGAAUCUAUCAAGAACGAUUCAUUUGUCAGCUUUUUGCAAGACGUCAAAGAGUCCUGUGGAGAUAUUGGAGAUACUAGAUGGCUGUAUUACUACAAUAAUUACAGUAGAAUCGAUCAUAUUCUCGAGCAAGCGACGAAAAGCCUUACGAAUCGGUCAACUUCUAUUCCAAAAUUAUUCAAAGAAACAUUUACGAAAGAAGAAUUUCCUCCUGGAUUUACUAAAGCAAUGCGAAGCUCAAUUUACCAAGAUUUCAAAAACAGUUCAAGUGGCGAAGUUUUCUACAGUAACGAGAAUUUUGAAAAGGAUUUUCUCGAGCUCAUUAGGUUGGAGAAAAAUCUCACUGGGAGGGAUUUUGAUUUGACUCAAAGACAGUUCUCUGAAUUAACAAAUGUAUUGGAAGAAGAUGACAAGAUCGUUUUGAGACGACUUUCGAAAGAGUGCUCGGCGCGAUUUAGAGACAAAUUGAAAGAAAUCGAAGUUGAGAAUGAUCAAACUCGAGCAACUGCUGUUUAA